CGAAUCGCCUCCGCCCCGGCCCGAGAGCCGCCAUGAGUCCCGCGCCGGCGCCUGACGGCCGCUCGCUCACUCGCUGCUCCCGGGGGUCCUGGGCCGGAGCCCCAGCUCGGUGAUGGGCAGAGGAGGAAGGGCGCAGAGGUGCCCAUGGCGGAGCGCGGCAAGGUCAAGCACCACUGGAGCAGCCCUUCGGAAGGGGGUCCCCGCAAGCGCAGCUGCCUCGGCCAUGUGGCCCCCGCCCGCAGCCCCCCGCGCCUGAGCCCCCGGCCCGGGGAGCAUGUGGGCCGCCGGAGCUCGUCCUCGUCCUCACGGUCCGCCGCCGCCCAGGGCCUGAGCCGCCCCCGCGCCCCCCAGGAGAUGGCGGCCCUGCGGGAGGAGGCCUGCAGCCUCAAGAUGGCUGCCAAGGAUCGAUGUCGGGACCCUGAGGACUCGGAGCGUGCCGCCGAGGCAGAGGGCCAGAAGGAAGCCACAGAGGACGCCAGCCAGGCCCAGAGGAGGAACAGGGACAGGCUGCGGGACCGGGGCUCCACCAUGAUCUACCUGCGGGCCCUGCAAGGCAUCCUGGGCACGGCCAUGCCAAGGAGGGUGGGCGAGGCAGCCGCUCGGGCCAAGCCCGGCUCAAGAGAGCAGCCGGGCUGCAGACAGGAGGGGCCUGCCAGGACCGCUGCUCCGUCUGCUGCUCAGAAAAAGAGGGAGAAGGAGAAAAAGGAGGAGAGGGACAGAGAGGAGGAGGAAGAGCAAAAGAGGGAGAAGGAGAAAGAGUGCGCCACCGAGGCCCGGGCGGAGGAGAUGGGGCAGCUGGAGCAGGAGCAGAGCAGCUUCUGCACCAGGAGGGUGGUGAUCGACCCCGACCCCGACCCUGAAGAGCCUGGCCAGGGGCCCUCUGGUGACUGGAGGGCAGUCAGCGACAAGCCCUCCCCAGCCCUGGAAUUCCUGGACACCGCCGACUCCCAUCCCGGAAGCUAUAGGGCUUCUGCGCGGGAGGUGGUGCUGGAGCACAGUUCUUCCGGAAGUGACUGGUCCGACGUGGACGAGGUGUCCCCAGCCAGGUUCUCGCAGGAGGAGCCCGUGGCGCCCAGAGCCGCGGCCCCCGAGCCAUCCGCCUUCCCCGCUGACUGCGUCAUGUACCCAGCGCACCUGUACAGCAGCCCCUGGUGUGACUACGCCGCCUACUGGAGCGGCGGCCCCAGGACCCCCGGGCCCCUCGCGCCCGCCGGUGCCGACACCCCGAAGGCCGGGCCCGGCCCGACCCAGCAAACCCAGGACGCCCCCCAGGCCCGAGAGGCCUCGGCCGAGGGCAGGUCCCGGAGCUCUCGGCCCCCCAGAGACGCGGGGUGCGGGGUGAGGGAGAAGAGAACCUUCCGGGAGGAGACGCCGCCUCGGCCCCCGGAGGAGGGCUUCAUCGACACCCACUGCCACCUGGACAUGCUCUACUCCAAGCUGGCCUUCAGGGGCAGCUUCUCCAGGUUCCGCGAGGUCUACAGCAGCUCCUUCCCGCGCGAGUUCCAGGGCUGCAUCUCGGACUUCUGCGACCCCCGGACCCUGACCGACAGGCUGUGGGAGGAGCUGCUCAAGGAGGAUCUGGUCUGGGGGGCCUUUGGCUGCCACCCCCACUUUGCACGCUACUAUAGCGACAGUCAGGAGAGGGAUCUCCUGCAGGCCCUGAGACACCCCAAGGCCGUGGCGUUCGGGGAGAUGGGCCUGGACUACUCCUACAAGUGCAGCACGCCCGUCCCAGAGCAGCACAAGGUGUUUGAGCGGCAGCUACGGCUGGCCGUGUCACUGAGGAAGCCCCUGGUGAUCCACUGCCGUGAGGCUGACGAAGACCUGCUGGCCAUCAUGAAGAAGCUCGUGCCCUCCGACUACAAGAUCCACAGGCACUGCUUCACAGGCAGUUUCCCGGUGCUGGAGCCCUUGCUGGAGCACUUCCCCAACAUGUCCGUGGGGUUCACGGCACUGCUCACCUACACGUCCGCCUGGGAGGUCCGAGACGCUCUGCGCCAGGUCCCGCUAGAGAGGAUCAUCGUGGAGACAGAUGCGCCCUACUUCCUGCCCCGACAGGUGCCCAAGAGCCUGUGCCCUUACGCCCACCCGGGGCUUGCCCUGCACACGGUCCGAGAGAUUGCUCACGUCAAGGGCCUGUCGCUGUCCAGCACCCUGGCCGCUCUGCGGGAGAACACCACCCGCCUCUACAGCCUCUGAGCCCUGCGCAGUGGGCCGCCUGCAGGUCCUGCCCCACUGUGUCCACGUCCUGAAAACAGGCGGGGAGGGGGGGCGGCUUCGAGCCUCCAGCCACCACAUGGGAGCAGCUGCACUGGAGGGGAGCUGGCUGUCUCUCUAUCUCUGUCUCUCACCAUUCUUUUUUAUUUUAAAAGCAGAGCCCUGCUCAGCUCUGGUUGAUGGUGGUGCUGAGGACUGAACCUAGGACCUCAGAGCCUCAGGGAUGAAAGUCUUUCUGUAGGAACCACGAUGCUCUGUCUUAAAAGUGUUGGUGGGAGUGGCGUGAUGGCAGGCACAGGGCUCUAGUUGCCGCCCUGCUCGGUUAAACCAGCUAGAAGUUCUCUUGCCACGUUUCCUGACAGAGUGUGAGCACCGGGAGAGCGCUGGCCUAGUCUGGAACCUUCUUCCUGUUAUCUUCCUCCUUCCAGGCAGUCCAGGGGCUGGGCUGGUCUCUGUUCAGGCAAGGAUGUGUUUGGAGAGACCCAGGACAGAAGUUUCCCCACAAGCUCUGUGUCUGGCUGGGGGUUGGGGGGAGGCGGCGGUUAGGGACACAGAGGAGCCAGGUCUUCCCCACGGCUCAAG